CAAGCACUUCCUGGUACGUCACAUGUUGUAGUUACAGACGUUCCUGUGCUUGUAGUGUCUACCGUACAACUGCUCAUCAGAACAGCAAGUCAGUAGGUUUGAUACUUUGAAACACUACGCGCAAAAAUGGCCCAAUGCACGGAACCGUCUACCAGCACCGGGGCGAACGGAGAGCUGAAAAAGCCAAGGAAGGUCGCUGUUAUCACGGGCAUCACUGGACAGGAUGGCUCCUACCUGGCUGAGUUCCUGCUGGAGAAGGGCUAUGAGGUUCAUGGUAUCCUGCGAAGAUCCAGCUCUUUCAACACUGGUCGUAUUGAGCACCUGUACCAGAACCCCCAGACACACACUGAGGGAAAGGAUGGAACUACAGGUGGCCACAUGAAGCUACACUAUGGGGACCUGACAGACAGUACUUGCCUGGUGAAGAUCAUCAACCAGGUCAAACCUACAGAAAUCUACAACCUGGGAGCCCAGAGCCACGUCAAGAUCUCUUUUGAGCUGGCUGAAUACACAGCUAAUGUGGACGGUGUUGGUACCCUGCGUCUGCUGGACGCUAUAAAGACGUGUGGUCUGACCAACAGUGUCAAGUUCUACCAGGCCUCUACUAGUGAACUCUAUGGGAAGGUACAGGAGAUCCCUCAGAAGGAGACCACGCCGUUCUACCCCCGCUCACCUUAUGGUGCUGCUAAGUUGUAUGCUUAUUGGAUUGUGGUGAACUUCAGGGAGGCCUAUAACCUGUUUGCUGUCAACGGGAUCCUCUUCAACCACGAGAGCCCAAGAAGAGGAGCGAACUUCGUGACGCGUAAGAUCAGUCGUUCUGUGGCGAAGAUUCACCUGGGCCAGCUGGAGAGCUUUAGUCUGGGUAACCUGGACUCCAAGAGAGACUGGGGCCACGCCAAGGACUACGUAGAGGUAAGACUGGUGGAGACACUCCUACACAGACACACAAACACACAGCAACAGCAUUAUGGGGGUAAUGUUUUCCAAGAUCAUUUGAGGCCGAAAUAUGUGAUCUGCAUGAAGCCUCUUGUGAUAGCCUGCCAAAAUAUAAAACAGAGAGAGAAUGAGAUGAGGGAGAGGGCUGCUUGCUGUGAGGCCACAGACAACACUCCACUUUCCCACCAUUCACCCAUGCCCCAAAAACCCCUGAAACAGAGCAUCAUUGCUCCCCAAAUGGCACUGGGCUCAGGCCAGAAGUAGUGCACUCUGUAGAGU